UAGGUGUUAUUGUUUACUUGUCACUCGGGGCCCAUCCUUGAUCUGGUCGAGGAGUAAGUCGCUACCUGUGCUCCUUGUACUGAGUUUGUCUGGUGUCUACUGCGUCCCAAUAGAUCAGAGCUCGAGGUUGCCAGGCAAUAGUGGAAUGGACGUCAAACGCACAAGCUGAUAACGUCUUUCUUACUACUUCAUCAAAAUAGAGACAAGGGCCUACUGAAAGUUUGCUGUUAGAUCUUGGAGAGGGUGAAUGUGAUGAGCAUAGUGUAGUAGUAUUGUUCCAGCCAAUGACCCGUAAUGGCAGCUGAAAAUGGAAUUUUGCUGGUUGAAGGACUGUUCUCCUUCAAGGGCAAAAAUAAUGAUGAGUUAUGCUUUGGUAAGGGAGACCUCAUCACUGUGACACAGAAGGAGGAGGGAGGAUGGUGGGAGGGCACGUUUAAUGACAAGACAGGAUGGUUCCCUUCAAAUUAUGUCAAAGAAUACAAGCCACCAGGUAUGGGGCUGUGUGAGUUAACAGAUGGUGGAUCUGUUUCACCCCAGCGAGGUGAUGCUGAUCUCAUCAGUCCACAGCAUUCCCAACAGCAGCAAAUUUAUCGCAACUUAGUAUUAAAGGAUAUACUUGAAUCCGAGCGCAACCAUGUAGCUGACUUGCAAGGCCUUCUGGGAUCUCAUCUGGCAGCUCUACGCAAGGCAGAAUUGUUAUCAGAUGCCGAGUAUAAACAGCUAGUCAGUAAUUUGGAUGACGUCACUUUAACGCAUUCUCAUCUGGUGUCGGCAAUGGAGGAACAGAGUGAAAGACCGUCUCGUGAUCAACGUAUAGGUGGAGCGUUCCUUACCAUGGCUCCUCAGCUCCAGAAUGUUCAUAAAAUAUACUGUACCAACCAUCCUCGGGCAGUGUGCAUGUUGGAAAAAUAUAAGGAUGACCUCAAUAGUUUCAUGGAGUGCCAAGGUGCUACAAGACCAGGAAUCAUGGUGCUGACCACUGCCCUAAGUAAACCAUUCCGACGGCUGGACAAGUAUGCCGGGAUGCUGCAGGAGUACGAGAGACACCUGGAAGAGGGGCAUCCUGACCGUGGAGACACACAGCGCUCCUCCCAUGUUUACAAAGAGUUAGCUUCAAAUUGUGGAGCUAUCAGACGGCAAAAGGAGCUGGAGCUAGAAGUAGUGACGGGCCGUGUGCAUGGCUGGGAUGGCGGAGACACCCUGGGGACCCUGGGAGAGGUGGUACGCAUGGGUUCAGUAGCACUCUUGCCAGACCACCGGGAUCGAUAUUUGGUCCUCUUUCCUACUGUAUUGGUCACACUAGCAGUUUCGCCGAGGAUGAGUGCCUUUAUUUUUGAGGGAAGUUAUCCAUUAACCAGUAUCCAUGUCAACAAGCUGGAUGACAAUGAUCACCACAAAAAUGCCUUUGAAGUUUCAGGUCCAGUGGCAGAACGUAUUGUAGCUCUCUGCCAAACCCGACAAGAUCAGCAGCAAUGGGUAGAAGCCCUGAGUCAGCAGAGCCGUAUGGCACGAACCUCCAACUUUACCUCCCAUAAAUCCUCGUUAACUUCCCCCCCUGUACCCCCAGCUCAUAGCUCUUCAUUGGUGGCGCGGCAAGCCAGCAUCACCAGUGUCACUAGUAAUACAGACUCCCCGGCCAGACUCCGGCGAUCUGCAGGAGGCAAGGUUUGGAGUAUGUCGUGCCUUCGACCUUCCCCACCCUUGAGGCCUGGACUGUCUGUACGAGAUGAGAAGCGGAAUCAGCGUUAUCCUAAGCGAAAAGAUGAUAAGUGGCACGAAGAUGAUGCGUUGAUACUGCGAGUGAUUGAAGCUUACUGCACCAGUGCCAAGACGCGUUACACCGUCAACUCAAUUGACUUGGGCCAGGUGAGUCGUACAUGUGGCAGUGGGGGGCUGGACUGCCGAGUCGGCCAGCACCAACACCAGCAGCCCCCCCACUCCCCACCCUCGCUUUCCCCAUUUGGAGAACUUCGGCUGAACAAAGGCCAGCGGUCCAACUGGUGCUGUGGUUUGGCCAUAAAGGCAAUCAAGAAAAAUAUUGAUUUUGAUUGUUGAGAUUUUUUCUUUUUAAUCUAUUGAAGAAGGAUGUGACGCUGUGAAUGGUUGUAUGCAUCAAAUUGUGGGUGAAGAAGAUGUAAAUCAGUAGAUAACCCAAGACUUUUAUCCAGAUGGUUUGUAGAUGUAAUCCCCUGAUGAUGAUAUUCUUGCUUGCAUUUGUUUUCCAGACUUAGAAAAUGUCUGAUUAAGUUUGAAUUGCAAUGUACUGUAAUAUAAUUUGUAGAUUAUGUAUAUUUUAAUUUGUAGAUUAUACAGUAUAUAUUUGAACAAAUUCAACACCCUAAACUAUUUGUUUGUAGAAAGAUCUCAUUUUUGUAUGUACAGUACAUAGUUUUUAUAUUAGAAUUAACAGACCCAGGAAGUUGGUCACAGAAUAUUGAUAAAAGAAAACUACUGUACCUAGUAAUGUAAACCUAUUUAAGAAGCUUUACAAACAUCAGUAUUAAUCAGAAUAUUUUUGUAUAUUGUUCUUUACUCCCUCUCCCCAUAGAUUUGUACCUAUUUGAGGUAAAGUACCGUAUAGUGUUGAGUAGAUGGAACGGAUCUUUCCUUAAUAACUGCAGUGAUGAAGAGUAAUUCUUGAACUCGGUUAUAUUUAAUAAAGUACAUGAGGGGGGUAUUAGUCAGCUAAUACUGUAUUGUUAUUUUUUUUAAUAACUUGAAGAGUGAUUCCUGAAAUGAAGUAAAUAAUAUAUAAAGUGUACAAUACAUUAGACAACUAUUGUUUAUUAAGCUAUUGCAUUUCUCCAUCUUAGGGUAAUGGGGUGUUGCAAACCCAUAUUAUAUUAUUUCUUAUUGUUUUUUGUACUGCAACUUUUAUUAUUUUUCUAUUGGUUAACUCAUAUACCAGAAUAACCAGGUACUGUAUGUAUGGGUACUGUUUGGCUUCAUGGGCAGAUGCAACAGUUCUCUAAUUAAUCCUUCUGUAGAUUGAUAUCACAUGGAAGGUAGAGAGAUCAUUGUAUUGUUCCUAUUUUCUCAUGUUUCUCUGGAUGCAUGACUGCCCACUGAUUUACUAUAUGUAGACAAGUCUUUAUAAAAGUUUUCUUGAUUUAAGUAUCAGUUUUUCUUUGCUUAUAACAUGAAUGUGUUUAAGUGGAGAAAAUGUUUAAUCUAUUUUUUUGUGGAGUUUGCUGCACGUUUAAACCACUCAGGUUAUUCUUUUCAUUUUAGGAGUUUAGGUUUGAUGUGCUUAAGUGCCUCUUGUGUAUUUGGGUUACUACAUAUAUCAAACUUCUUGAUACCUGAGCUGUGCUGAGGAAGCUUUAUUACUAGAUUAUUACAACCAACAUUAUCUGUUAUGAUUCCAUUUAAAGAAAUAUAUCUGUCAAUUUGUCCCCAAAUCAUAUAAAACAUAUUUUACUAGAGCCCCUUCUUUUGUUUUUCCAAGAUAAUAUAUACAGUACAUACAAGUUUUUCACCUUCUCACUGAUGAAUUCAGUCCCAAGAUUCCAGAUAAAGAGGUUAGCUCAAGUUAAGGUAGAUUGGCACAAGUGACUUACUAAAUACUUGUUUUAAUGAUCUAAUGCUGUUUGUUGAUUUUUUCUAUGACUGAUAUACUAUGAGAACAUUUGUGUUCUAUACACUGUUUUGAAUGGCAUUUUUUGGAUAAUGAUAUUUGGAAGAUGAUAAUGCCAGGUGAACUCAUGAUGAUGUCCAUUCCAUUUCUUAGCCAGAUGUAAGGUGCAGCAGUAACAUAAGAGUGAAUAAUACGACCAAGCAAAGUUCAUGUUAGAUUCGUUGUAUUUUACUAUGGGAGGUGCUAACUGUUCAGGAGAGAGUAGAAUCCCUGUUGGGAUAAGUCUGGGAUGGUUGGCUUUAGCUGUACUGUCUUUGUAAAUACAGCAAUGAAUGUACAGUACAGUAUUUCCACACAGCUUGACUUCUAUCGUUUAUACACUUGUCAUCAAUAUAUAGUUAUGGGUUUGGAAGUUAAAAGCUCAUGGGCAUCUGUGUUUUGGGCCCAAUUUUACAAGGAUCCAAACAGACAAACUUAUAUCUGCUCAUUAUUUCCUGAUGCCUGGUAAUGAAACUGACAUCUUAACAGUAAAUGUGUCAUACACAUGAUUAGAGCUGUUAACCCCAUGUGUAUGGGGUUCUCUCUGAGGCGAGUAAAAUUUGUCUGGCAUUAGCCGAAUCAAAUACAAUAUUAAAAGGGAUGUCCUUGUAGUGAAGGGAUUAAAACAAAAGAAAUAUAAUUUAUAGCCAAGUUCCUGAUAUUGGCAACUCAGGUAAAGCCAGACAAGUCUGUCUGUUCUACAUUUUGUAUGCAUCAAUAACUGUUGGACCAAUGAAGGAAGUCUGAUGAUAAUGUUUUUUAAGGCUUAUGUCAACAGAAUGGUGUGUUACAGACAUCUCCCAGGUCCUAUAAUGAAGGUCAAGGUUACAUGGGGUUAAAGGUCAAAAGUGGGUGCUCUUUUGUCAGCUCUCUAAUUCUGGAGAGCAUCCACAAGUUUUAUUGUUUAUUUUGUUGCCCAAAUUGAAGCCCUUUACAGACUUAAGAAUGUGUAAAAUUUUGCAACUGGGGAUAUUACAAGUUUGUCUAUAACACAUCCUCACUUCUGGUGAUUCUCAUAUUUUCCCUUCUGAUCUUUCUUCAAAACUGAAGAAACAUUCUUUCUUUUCAAAAUUGUCUGAUAUCUCAGCAUCCCAUCUUCAUUGAAAAUUUAAUCCAUACAUUAUGAAUUCUGAAUUUGAAUAGCCAUAACACCUUUUAACAUGCCUGCAAACAGUCAUACAGUGGAGUCAUGAUAAUUCACAAAAUACAAAUUCACAGUCAUAAAUUCGUGGGUUCCUCUAAUACGACCACUUUUUUCUUUUUCUUUUUUUUUUUCGUGGUGAAAUAUUCAUAAUUUGCAGCUGAGUGGUGGCUGCCACAGUGUUUGUUUAUAUAAGCAAUCAUAAAAGUUGUUGUGGGAAUAUCAUUUCAAUGCUCUGAUAUGACUUAGAAAAAAAAAAUAACAGUUUACAGUAGAGCCCCGGUUAUCUGGAGCCCGAGUAACUGCCACAAAAAUGAAAUACAGUGUCAUAAUAAUAGUAAUAAUAAUAAAAAUAAAACUUCCUCCAAAAUCAACUGGAAUCGUAAGUUUGAAUACCAUGCGUAACGGGCAUGAGCUGCCAUAUUUAUUGCUAUUAUAAACAAUACAAUCGAUACAUAGUGUAACAUAAAAUACAAUACCACAUAUUGUAUGUACAAAAAAUAGCUCCUUCCACACUCAAACCAUCCUCUGGGGCUACAUGACACAGUUUAGCCAGGCAGUCACCCAGCUGCCUCAGAUAUGUGGCUGCUGCACUGCAGUGUGUGUAUGCCAUGACACCACAUUGGUAGAGAGUGCCUCCACACGUAUAGUACACACCCAAGCUGUUCAUUUUUCUUAUUCUAUCUAGUUUUAUAUGAUAUUUUCUUUAUUUCUAGGCCUCAUAGAAUGGAAUAAGUGUUGAGGAAGUCUGUGUUUCUGAGACAUGAAUUUGCUAGGUCAGCCUGUAGCACUGUACAUUGUAGGAUUUAUUGGGGGAUCCAAAACGUGAGGCUUAAUUAACCGGAAAGUCUCUCAAUUUCCAUAGGUACCAGAUAACUGGGGUUCUACUGUAAUAUGAAUAUUAUUUCAGUGCUGUAUUGUGACUUAGUAAUAUAUAUAUACAUAUACAGUAAAAUAUAAAAUAAAACAAUAAAAAAGAUAAAUUAAAAGUGGGAAGUGCGUUGAUAUUUUUUUGGAUCACUGACAUGAUUAUAUGAUACUGAAUUUUGCUUUCUAUUGAAGAUUACAUUAAGUUUAUAAUUCAAUAUAUACUAUACUUAUGUAGCCAUUUGCCGUGCUGUUACUUUCCAACAAUUUGAUUCAUUCUGUGACAACCAGCUGAACCAUAGAACAGUUUAAGUUCUUGUAGUUCUGUAAUUAAAUUUUGAUGAAAUUUGGGCAGUUCACGUUGAUAUAUUAUGUAAAGUGUGAAGGUUUGUUGAGCACAAGGAUGCUUACGUCACAUGAAAUGAGGAUAAUCGUGCGAAUAAACCAUAAAAGUCAACUGUCAUUUCUGCCAGAUAAGGAUAACUUUGUAAUUGCCUGUAACAUAAAAAUGACUUCUUCAGUUUGCUGAUAAUUUUAAGAAGUUGUUUAAUGUCAUUACUUAACCAAACUCUGUCUGAAUUUGGAUCAGAUUGAUUGAUUAGUUAUUGGAAAAAAGAUACAAAUUUUUAUUCCAGUACAGGUACAUGUACUGUAUUAUUAUUUUGUAAUUAUUACCACCACCUGUGAUGUGUAUGUGUGAUAUAUUGUAUACUGCUAUACUGUAUAUAGUAAUACACCGGUUUAUGUCACUUAGUUUAUACCACGACCUUAUUUACAUUGCGUCUAACCCACUUAAGUUAUCGACAGCAAUCAUCAUUUCUGUAUCCUUUCACACAUACGGUCGUGUACAGUUGGCAUCACAGAAAGUGAGAAAAUUUGUGGCCUAUGGAGACAUCUGGCAUCUCCUUGAGGUAGUAGAUAGUAUUUUUUCAUGAAUGAAUCACUCCACUUUGUCAGGUCGGAGUGAUUCAUUCAUUUAUUAAUGUAUUCUGAAAGUGUUAGUGUCAUGUGAAUGUGCACAUUUACUUUUGUGCUUUUUUAAGGCAAUGAUUAUAUUCUGUAGUUUUAGGCAGGAUUUGGAAGGGACAUUUUUAUCUAAUGAGUUUUUUCCAUUAGUGUUGUAUUUUUAAUGUUCAAAUUCAUAUAGCUUGUAAAGCAGUACAGGUCCUUAUUUGUUAUUAUUGUAUUAAGAAUUGUACUUAAAAGUGGAUAUAUGGAGAGAAAGUUGUAAGCCUAGUGUAAUCUGUUUAGACAACCUUGUGUUGGAAUAUUGACCUGGGUCAUGAUCAAAACAUGUGUGACCAAGUGCAGGAAACUCAUUCUAACCUGGACUCGCUUAAUCCAGAUCCCAUCACAAACCUGACUGGGGUCUAUCACUGGAUGUAUCCCCAACCCAGAAAAACACAUCCAAAAUCCAGUUAGUAUGGGAGAAAUUUCAUGUAAGUGGGGGCUGCCACUGAGGUCGAGAUGUUUACUGAGGAACACUAAAGUGAAGUGUCUAGGAAAUAUAAAGUUAAGUGUCUAGGAAAUAUAAAUAGCAGGCACUCCCCGGGUUACGAAUUUGUUCCAUUCCUGGGGACGUUCUUAAGUAAAAAUUGUACCCAGGUCGAAACACAUGCUAUGUGCAUACUGUAUACUGUACAGAACUUUGUGUAAAAUCCCACUAUAUCAUAGCCUAAGUCCUUAUAUAAAUCUAAAAUCACUUAAUUUAAGAGAAAAAAAGAAAUAGGAUGACAAAAUACAGUGAAUGAAUGUAAAUAUAGUAAGUCUUCAGGUACAUAAAAUACUGCAAAAUUAUAGUUUAAUCUCGUUCAUAUCCGUGGAUGUUCGAAAGUCGGACGUUCGUAACCCUGGGAUUGCCUGUAGUGCACACCUUCAGUGGCGUUCAUUGUGAGUGUAGUACAAUCACUUCCUGCCUCAACUGCUUCAUCUCCAAGAUUCAACUGCCUCAUUAGAAGUUAAUAGCAGAAGGGAUACAGGAAUACUUUGCUAUUUACUGUACAACCUCACUUAUCCACAAUUGAUCCCCCUGUAUUUUAAUACCCUUAUUCGAUAUUCGCAAAUGAAAAAUUACGAUACGCUACGGCAAUAUUUAAAACCAGGUGGACUACCCGCAGCUCUUAUAUACCGUUGUAAGGCCCGCUUCACACGAGUGGGUUUUUAUUUUCGUGGAUAGAGACAUACGUGGUUUUGUAAUUAAUGAAGUUCAACAGGACCGUCCACACGGUGCACACAUGCAGGAGACGCUCACCCCACGCCUGUACCUGUACUUCCAAAUAGUGGUGUGAAAAAAUACACCGUGCAUUCUAGAAUUUUUCAUUUGGCAAUGUAAAUGCUAGUUUAAAUGUUAACACACAUUUACAGUCGUCGUACACACAUACACACACUCACUCACGCAGAGUGUUCUUUUGCAUUGUUUUUGUAGUUACAAUCAACCCUCGCUUUACACGGACCCACAUUCCGCGUUUCCACGUUUACGCGGUACCCUGCCGAAACAGGAAUGCUCACAUUCCGCAGUGCGUGUACCCCUUUACGCGGA